AUGGAUUUAUCAAGGAUCCGAUAUGAUCGAGUGAUGAUUCGGCGAACGACAGCGUUUAUAGUCGCUUUGAUGGGUAUGGCGAUAAGUGGUACAUUGUAUGCUUUUAGUGCCUUUGAGCCAGCCUUCAAGAAGACUUUCGGUUACGAUCAAUCGGAAGUUGAAACAAUUUCGGCAAUGGGAAAUGUCGGCACCUGCAUAGGAUUUCCGGUAGGAAUAUUCUUCAAUCGAUACGGUCCGAAGUGGACUGCCUUCCUGGGUCUGAUUGUUUACAGCUCAGGAUACAUGCUAAUGUGGAUGAGUGUUUUACUCAAAGAUUACUUCUCUACAGCGUACGGUUGGCAAUGUCUCUUCUACUUUAUUGUCGGCCAAGGAAGCACCAUAACAUACAUGGCGUGCUUAAUGACGACAAUCAAUAAUUAUCCUCUUCGGCUACGAGGAACCGUGGUUGGUUGCGUAGAUGCAAUGUAUGGUGGUAGUGCGGCAAUAUUUGCUGCUAUCUACGCAGGUUCAUUUGUUAACGGACAUGAUAAUGGCGACGAAGAAAAACAGAAUCUCAAGGGAUUCUUCUUAAUGUGUGCAAUUGUAAUCGUCAUUGUUAAUAUUUUAGCAAUAAUCUUCUUAAAAUUAUUACCUCCUGAUGAAGAAAUUUUAUCAGUGAAUGUAUGUACACAAGAUAGUGUAUCAACUAAAUCGAAUGACUCAUGCUUUGAACCUGAUAAAGAUACUGAUGACGCUAUCCUUGGUGAUAUGGGUGGCUUUUCCAUUCUAAUCAAUCUUGAUUUCCAAUAUAUAUUUUGGAUUGCUAAUAUUGGUGGUGGUGUUGGUUUGACUUAUAUGAAUAACGUCUCAUCUAUUUUAGAGUCUUUUCAUUUAGGUAAAGAUAAUGGAUUCCUAUCGACUUUAACGCCUGUGGCAAGUUGUGUUGCCCGUAUUAUCGCAGGUUACGUCUCUGACCGACUUAUUCACAGAGUCCCUCGAGCUACUAUUUUACUUUUCUGGUUGAUACUAUUAGCUGUUAUGCAAUUUAUUUCAAUGUUUUUCCUGGGUAGUUAUGCUGUAUUAGUAUUAAAUUCAAUCGUUAUUGGAGCUUCCUUCGGAUCGAUUUGGUGUUUGACACCAACUAUGAUAAGUGAGUUAUUUGGUACCAGAAAUUUUGGUUGGAAUUGGGGUUGGAUGAUGCUAAGUACUGCAACAGGUACAAUCGUUUAUCAACGUGUUUUUGCAGCAAUUUACCAGUUCUACAUCAGACCAGGUGAUGGUUUAACCUGUUACGGCUUAAAAUGCUAUCGCUGGACGUUUAUGAUGGCAGCAGUUACUGCCGUUUACUCUAUCAUUUUAACGAUCAGACUAAUACAAAGAAUUAAUGAUGCAAUAAAACGUAAGAAAAGCCGAAGAGGUAGUGUGGGAUGCAGAAAUAUUACAGACUCCAAUAAACAUCAACCUGAUGCCUAG